ACAGUUACAUUUGGCAGGCAGGCACGUUGGAGCGCUCAGACCCAGAAUUAGUGGAUUUAUUUGGAAUAUCCCUGCUUUCCUGGAGACGUGCUGCUGCCUCUGGUUUGUGCAAAGGGAGAAAUUAGUAACUGCACUUUAGCAUGCAGGCACAGAAACCGAGACGCUAAGUAACCAGCAUCUCCUCCAGCAUCAGCAGCCUCAAAAAGCAUGAAAAGAAAAUCUGGAGAAUCCUGCCUGUUCACAGGGACUGGCUGAUUUUUUUUUACCUCACCCUUUUAAUCUGUGCGUGAAGUGGCUGUCAGCGAGAGGUUUUCCUGGUCCUUGAAAGAGAAUCUUUAAUGACUGGAAAACUCAAUGGAUCAUGUUUUUAUAAUCUAAGCUAUUUUUUACAUUGACUGUGCUGUAAACACAUGGAGGAGCUGUAAGUAAAUGUUCUGUACUGCAUGAUGAAUUGGAUUGCUACAGUCUGGAGGAAAGCAAAAUAAUAAUUUCAUUUCUGUGGUGAUUUGCGUAGCUUGUGGUACAAUGCCAGAAAGACUAACAGAAAUGUUUAUGGAUACAUGGACUCCAUUAAUAAUAUUAUGGAUUACUGUACUUCCUUCCAUUUAUAUGGCUCCAAUGAAUCAAUCUCAAGUACUACCGAGUGGAUCCAGUACAGGACUAAAAAGGUUAACUGAAGAACAAAGAGUUUUGAACCGUUCCAAGAGAGGCUGGGUUUGGAAUCAAAUGUUUGUAUUAGAAGAAUUUUCUGGACCUGAACCAAUACUAGUUGGCCGGUUACACACAGACCUGGACCCUGGCAGCAGCAAAAUCAAGUAUAUUCUGUCAGGAGAUGGAGCUGGAACAAUCUUUGUGAUCAAUGAUAAGACUGGAGACAUUCAUGCAAUGAAAAGGCUUGACCGUGAGGAAAAAGCUGAAUACACUCUAACAGCUCAAGCAGUCGACAGGGACACAAACAAACCUCUGGAGCCUCCUUCAGAAUUCAUUAUUAAGGUUCAAGACAUCAAUGACAAUGCUCCAGAGUUUGUUGAUGGUCCGUAUCAUGCCAUGGUUCCAGAAAUGUCUGUUGUAGGCACUUUUGUUACUAAAGUCACAGCUACAGAUGCGGAUGAUCCAGUUUAUGGAAAUAGUGCCAAACUGGUUUAUAGCAUUCUAGAAGGACAGCCUUACUUUUCUAUUGAGCCACAUACAGCUAUAAUUAAAACAGCUCUUCCCAACAUGGACAGAGAAGCCAAAGAAGAAUACUUUGUGGUCAUCCAAGCCAAGGACAUGGGAGGACAUAUGGGUGGACUCUCUGGAACUACAACAGUGACAAUUACACUCACUGAUGUUAAUGACAAUCCUCCUAAGUUUGCACAGAGUCUGUAUCACUUCUCAGUAAUGGAAGAUGUUGCUCUUGGUGCACCAAUAGGAAGGGUGAAAGCAAAUGACCUGGAUAUUGGAGAAAAUGCUAUAUCAUCCUAUGAUAUUAUUGAAGGAGAUGGAAUGGAUAUAUUUCAAAUUACUACAGAUGCCCAAACUCAGGACGGCAUUAUUAGAGUGAGAAAGCAACUGGACUUUGAGACUAAAAAAUCCUAUACUCUGAAGGUAGAAGCAGCCAACGUUCAUAUUGAUCCUCGCUUCAUGAGUGGAGGACCGUUCAAGGAUACAGCAACAGUAAAAAUUGUAGUAGAGGAUGCUGAUGAGCCACCAGUCUUUUCAUCACCUACUUACCUGCUGGAAGUGCAUGAAAAUGCUGCUAUUAACUCUGUGAUUGGUCAGGUGACUGCCCAUGACCCUGAUGUGUCUUCCAGUCCUAUAAGGUUUUCCAUUGAUCGGCACACUGACCUUGAGAGACAAUUCAACAUUAAUGCAGAAGAUGGGAAAAUAACUUUGGCAACACCACUCGACAGAGAAACAAAUAUGUGGCACAACAUAACUAUUGUAGCUACUGAAACUAGGAACCACAGUCAAGUGUCCCGGUUGCCUGUUGCUAUCAAAGUUCUUGAUGUAAACGACAAUGCUCCUGAGUUUGCAUCAGAGCAUGAAGCCUUUUUAUGUGAGAAUGGGAAGCCUGGACAAGUAAUUCAGAUUGUCAGUGCCAUUGACAAAGAUGAUCCUAAAAAUGGGCAUUAUUUCCUGUACAGUCUUCUUCCUGAAAUGGUCAACAAUCCAAAUUUCACCAUCAAGAAAAAUGAAGAUAAUACUCUGAGCAUAUUGGCAAAGCAUAGUGGAUUCAGCCGGCAGAAGCAAGAAGUAUAUCUACUGCCUAUCAUAAUAAGUGAUAGUGGGAAUCCUCCCAUGAGCAGCACUAGCACUCUCACUAUUCGAGUCUGUGGUUGCAGCAGUGAUGGUAUUGUCCAGUCCUGUAACGUUGAAGCAUACGUACUUCCCAUUGGACUCAGUAUGGGAGCCCUAAUUGCAAUAUUAGCAUGCAUCAUUUUGCUGCUAGUCAUAGUGGUGCUGUUUGUAACACUAAGAAGACAUAAGAAUGAGCCUCUAAUCAUCAAAGAUGAUGAAGAUGUGAGGGAAAAUAUUAUUCGCUAUGAUGAUGAAGGAGGCGGAGAAGAAGAUACAGAAGCUUUUGACAUUGCAACUUUGCAAAAUCCAGAUGGAAUUAACGGAUUUUUGCCUCGUAAGGAUAUUAAGCCUGAUCUUCAAUUUAUGCCCAGGCAGGGUCUGGCACCUGUUCCUAAUGGUGUUGAUGUUGACGAAUUUAUUAAUGUAAGGCUUCACGAAGCCGAUAAUGAUCCCACGGCUCCACCAUACGACUCUAUACAGAUUUAUGGCUAUGAAGGAAGAGGGUCAGCGGCCGGUUCCCUUAGCUCAUUGGAAUCCUCUACAUCAGACUCAGAUCAGAAUUUUGACUACCUCAGUGAAUGGGGUCCUCGCUUUAAAAGACUUGGAGAACUUUACUCAGUUGGAGAAAGUGACAAAGAAACUUGACAGUGGAUUACAAACUUUUUCACUGUUGAUCUUAAUGAUCAUGUAAUAUUCUAGGGCCACUGCUGUUAGUUAAAACUAAUGUGGCUUUUUGUUUUAGAGGCAAGUUUAGCGCCAGUCAUCUAUAAAAUCAACUACAUUGUAAUGUUGAACCAAAAAAAAAAAAAGUAUAUGUUAGGAGGUUAAGUUUUGUGGAGUGUGAAGUAAAGUAUGUGGAGUGUCUAGAAGUCUUUGGAUAUUUGAUAUUCACUUGACCACUCUGAAGAUGGAGAUUUGGAUCUUUGAUUAUCUUCAGUGAAUUGAAAAGAUUAAAAAGAAAUUGGUGCUUUCUUAGAAAAUGGACUUGCAGGGAUUCUGCUGUUGAACAGUAGCUCCUGCCAGUAUGUGUAAACCUAAUGGUUUGUUUCUGCAUUGCCAAUAAAGAUCCCACCACAGAAAUGUUAAAAGCAAUAUCUUGGUCUUCUUAGCAAUGCUGAAUAGUAAUAGCAUUGUAAAUUCCUACUGGCUUCUACUGUGCAGUGACCAUACAUUGUACAUACAGUAAUUUUUGGCCACAUAACCACAGACUGAAUAUCAUUAAAUAUUGUGUCAAGCCUUAAAAUAUUCACAUGUUCUUAAUCCAUUCCAGUGAUGGGUAAUAAAUCCUACUAAUGUGCAGAGAAUCAGAGACAGGGCUACAAACCCUUGUUUUACAAAAGGAUCUUUUUUCUAGAAGGAUCAAUCCUGUGCUUCGUCUUCUGAAAGAAAAAACUGUGACAUGGAAUGGACUUACAUAUAUGAAAGAAUUGCUGAUUUUAUUGCUAAAGAUCAAAUUUAUUUGUUUAAUCUUUGAAAUAAAUAUUUUAUUGAUGUCCAUUACUGCUUUUAUUUAUUAAGACUGAUAAUCUAUAGAGUAAGACUAUGAAGAAAACUAAAUUAUAUCAGUUAGAUUUCUUUUCUAUGUAUAAUGAAUGUUUAAUACGUGUAAGUUUUGAAAAGAAAAAUGACAAAUUGUUGGAGGUUAAAGCAGAAACCUCUCUGUUUGCAGUAGCUGAAUUUUAGGAGUAUACUGGCAGGAAUAAAACUUUCCCAGAGAAAACUUUUGACAGUUUUAUAUCUUCUUCAUAAAUCUAGUACCUGGUGUUUUUAAUACAAGCACAAACAGCUGGAAGUAAACUGGUUCAUGUGAAUAUUUAAACUAUAGACUUUUAGAAAUCCAUACAUAACACAGUACAGUAAAAAACAUUCUUCUAGUUCUCCACUGUAUUAGAGCAGGAACCAGUGUGUACAUAAUUUUACUGCUUAUGUUAUUAGCAUUUGUUUUCUAUAAUAUUCAUAGUGAUGCACCAGGGCUCUUACACAGAGAAAGAACAACACUAGAAGCUGCAAGCAUACUCAAUUUGUAAUCCAAACUUGCCAUUUAGAAGUAGCAAUUGUAUAAUAAAACUACGUAUUACAUGCAAAUCAUUUUAAUUUUCUACUUUGUUUUGAAGCUAUAUUAUUGUUUGUUUAUUUGCUCCAUGUAUUGUAUUCAGAGAAACUCCUGUAUUGUUUCCUACUUUGUGAAAUAUAUUUUUAUAAAUA